AGAAGAAGAAGAAAGCGCAGCUUUUGUUCCGGGCGGCAGCGUGUUUGGUUUAGCUGCAAAAAUCAAAAGUUGAUAUCGUCUGUUAUUGGCUUCGACAUGGUGAAAUUAUCAGCGGAGCUAAUUGAGCAGGCUGCUCAAUAUACCAACCCUGUGAGAGACAGAGAGCUGGAUUUACGAGGUUAUAAAAUUCCAGUGCUUGAAAAUCUUGGAGCUACUCUGGACCAGUUUGACACUAUUGACUUCUCUGAUAAUGAAGUCAGGAAACUGGAUGGCUUCCCUCUGCUCAAAAGACUGAAAACAUUGCUUAUGAACAACAACAGGAUUUGUCGUAUAGGUGAGAAUCUGGAGGUGUCUCUGCCAAGUCUGACAGAACUGGUUCUCACAAACAACCAUAUUCAGGAGCUGGGCGACUUGGACCCGCUGGCCUCAGUCAAGACACUGACCCUUCUCAGCCUGUUAAGGAAUCCAGUGACAAACAAGAAGCAUUACAGGCUCUACGUCAUCAACAAGAUCCCACAGAUCCGUGUGCUUGACUUCCAGAAGGUAAAACUCAAGGAACGCCAGGAGGCGGAGAAAAUGUUCAAAGGCAAACGAGGUGCUCAGCUUGCAAAGGAUAUUGCCAGGCGAACGAAAACAUUCACUCCUGGGGUGGCAGCACAGCUUGAGAAGAAGAGGACGGGGCCGUCUCAAGCGGACGUGGAGGCUGUCAAGAAUGCCAUCGCCAAUGCUUCAUCACUGGCAGAGGUGGAGAGGUUGAAAGGGAUGCUGCAGGCCGGUCAGAUCCCAGGCCGAGAUCUCAGACAAGGUCCAGCUGGGAUGGUGGAGGAAGAGGAGGAGGAAGAGGGAGACACUGAACAGAUGGAGGAACAUAUGGGUGGAGGUGCUGAAGAGGAAAUGAAUGUGGGAGAUCAAGAGGAAGAUGAUGAAGAUAUGGAUGAAGAACCACAUGUUAAUGGCUCCUGAGUACCCUGAAAUUAUUUGAGUUGUUUUUUUUUUUUUCAUGUUGUCAGUUUCUUGUGUUGAACAUACGUUUACCGGGUCUGUUUAUUUUGUAAAAUGACAAAAUUAAAACACAUUUUUAAUA